CUUUUCUCUAAAAAUUAGUUAAAAAUGAACCAUGAGGAAUUCCUCGAAAAGCUAGCUUUAGCGAGAGGGGAUUACAAAAAAGUUGAAGUCACCGAAUCAGGCCGUAACUACAUCAGAGAUAUACAAAGAAGGCUUCAUGGGGAAAGCAUCCUUGCUAAGAAGAUUGAGAUGGAACAAAAGCAAGAGAAAUAAGAGACUUUUAGAAGAGAAAUUAGAAAAAAAGCGCCAACUUCGUAAUUCAGAACUUGCCUUCCACCGUGCAGGUGUCCGAUGCAUCGCAGUCAAUGCUAAAGGUAGGAAGAAAAUUGAUAGAGCGAAGGAUCUGUUUAAGAAGCAUGGUAGUGUACUUAAGCAUCUGCCUAGUGGGAAAUCUGAUCGUGAGUAUGCAAUUAUUGAGAAGUAUUUGAUUGAAGAGAAAAAGUACUUCACUGAAAAUCCUCCAAAGAGAAAGGUAAAGACUAUCAGUAAGGAACAAGAGGAGGAGUACCAAAAUAAUCCUAUUCUCAAUAUGCCUAUCAAAAGACUUGAUGGCGGGAUUUAUACCAAGGGUGUUGGGACAUCAGAGGAUAAGCUAAAGCCUUCUAAUUCUCCCAAUCCUAAAACUAAGAAAAAGUCUAAUCUCAACACUGUGAACAACCAGAUCAUUUCUCAGAAGCAGGCUAUGAAGAAUGUAACAGAUCCUGAGACGAGAAUGAGAAUAAAAUUUGAAAUGAAGCAGCAGAAAUUGAAGCAAAAAGAGCUACAGCUACAAGAGCGUAAGAGGAAGAUAGAAGAACGCGAUAAGAAAAUUUCGGAGAUUAGAAAGAUCGCACUAGAGAACCAGAAAAAAGUAGCCAGGAACAGAGAGAUCGAAUCGAGGAAGCAAUCUUCAAGAACUCUAGCACUUUCUUCAGCAAGAUCUGAGAACUAUUCAUAUCAACGCAAUUAUGAGGAAUCUGACACUGGGAUCAACCAACAAUUUGAUGCAGAAAUCGGUGAACAGAGAAUUGCGACAGUUAAAGUGGAUAUAAAUGAGGCUCCAAGGAGACGGCAGAAAAAGUCGAGAAUUCCAAAGGAAAUCUUAGCAUUAGAGAAACGUCAAGCUACGUUUAAAAGAAAUAAGAUAGUAGUACCAUCACCACAGCAGCCUAUGAAGCAAGAACUUCCUGUCCCUGUUGUGAGAAAAAGGAAACCUGCUCCUCGGAGGGUUCCUGUAAAAAGAGUCUAUGAUGAUGAGAAAUAUGAUGACGACUUCAUAGACGAUAGCGAAGCUGGGACUUGGUGUAUGGGACAAAUCAGAGAAACUUGCAAGGAUAUAUUUGGUAACAGCGUCGACGAUUUCAAGGGUGAGAGAUUAGAAGACAUCCCCGAAGCAAGAUUCAACCAGAUCGAAAGAGAAGAAGAGGCUACUAGAAGGGAAGGGAAGAGGAUUGAUAGACUUGAAUACUACAAAUCUUAACAUUCUAAUUUAUACUGAAAAGAUACAGACAUUUA